AUGGCUAUGACGUAUAACAUGGCUAGACAGCCUAUUGAUGAUUCUGGUAUUUCUAAGCUUAUUCGCAAUUCUUGUACUUCUAAGCCUAUUGAUGAUUCUUGUACUUCUAAGCCUAUUGAUGAUUCUUGUAUUUCUAUGCCUACUCACGAUUCUUGUACUUCUAAGCCUAUUGAUGAUACUGGCAUUUCUAUGCCUACUCACGAUUCUUGUUCUUCUAAGCCUAUUGAUGAUUCUGGUAUUUUUAUGACCAUUGAUGAUUCUUGUAUUUAUAUGCCUAUUGAUGAUUCUGGCAAACCUGACACAAUUCCAAGAGUCCUAUCAACCGGAACAGUCUACCCUGGGAAUCUGUUGACAGAAAGAUCGAUAGAAGAUGGAAUAGCGACAGAAGUCAAAGGCUCAAAAGUGGGUGAAGAUAUAAAAGUCAAAGACUCAAAAGUGGGUGAAGAUAUAAAAGUUAAAGGCUCAAAGGUGGUUGAAGAUAUUAAAGUCAAAGGCACAAAAGUGGGUGAAGAUAUAAAAGUCAAAGGCUCAGAAGUGGCUGAAGAUAUAAAGGUCAAAGUCUCAAAAGUGGCUAAAUAUAUAAAAGUCAAAGGCUCAAAAGUGGCUAAAGAUAUAAAAGUCAAAGGCUCAAAAGUGGCUGAAGAUAUAAAAGUCAAAGGCUCAAAAGUGGGUGAAGAUAUAAAAGUCAAAGUCUCAAAAGUGGCUGAAGAUAUAAAAGUCAAAGGCUCAAAAGUGGCUGAAGAUAUAAAAGUCAAAGGCUCAAAAGUGGCUGAAGAUAUAAAAGUCAAAGGCUCAAAAGUGGGUGAAGAUAUAAAAGUCAAAGGCUCAAAAGUGGGUGAAGAUAUAAAAGUCAAAGGCUCAGAAGUGGUUGAAGAUAUAAAGGUCAAAGGCUCAGAAGUGGCUGAAGAUAUAAAGGUCAAAGUCUCAAAAGUGGGUGAAGAUAUAAAAGUCAAAGGCUCAAAAGUGGGUGAAGAUAUAAAAGUCAAAGGCUCAAAAGUGGGUGAAGAUAUAAAAGUCAAAGGCUCAGAAGUGGCUGAAGAUAUAGAGGUCAAAGUCUCAAAAGUGGGUGAAGAUAUAAAAGACAAAGGCUCAGAAGUGGAUGAAGAUAUAAAGGUCAAAGUCUCAAAAGUGGCUGAAGAUAUAAAAGUCAAAGGCUCAAAAGUGGGUGAAGAUAUAAAAUCAAAGUCAAAAGUCAAAAUGGCUGAAGAUAUAAAAGUCAAAGGCUCAAAAGUGGCUGAAGAUAUAAAACUCAAAGGCUCAAAAGUGGGUGAAGAUAUAAGUGUCAAAGGCUCAAAAGUGGCUGAAGAUAUAAAAGUCAAAGGCUCAAAAGUGGGUGAAGAUAUAAAAGUUAAAGGCUCAAAAGUGGGUGAAGAUAUAAAAGCCAAAGGCUCAAAAAUGGGUGAAGCUUGGGGUCAAAAGGAUGCUGCUGACGCUUUUCCGUAA